AUGAAGUGGACUUGGGCCAGUGGAGAUACAAUGACACACACCUUCUCCCCAGCAGUAAGUUUUAACCCUUUGCACCUUAACAUCAGUAUGUAUUUUCUCCAUGCUAUCCUCUUUACAUUUUUCAAGGUAGUGACCAGGAGAAUUUGAUAAGAAAUCAGGAGCCUCCUAGGCUUGCAAUCAUUUCCUUUACUCUCAUGAUCUUAACGAAUGAUUCAGGAGUGUUACAACAUGGAGAAAUUAGAUAUUGUUCACUUCGGGUUUAAAGCAUUUAUUGUCCUUCUUUUAACUUUCCAGAUUUAUUUAUUUAUUUACCUAUUUUGAACACAUAUUUAAAAUUUAGCCUUAAAUCUUCAACCAAGGAAAAUAAUUUAACAUGUUUUACAAACUUAUUUUGUCAAUCUUAGCAACCCCCAUCCCACCCCCCAAAUCAAUUAGAGAUAAAAAUGCAAUUUGUUAAUUAAUGAAAGAUGAACUGAAAAUGUUAGUGUAUAGUAAGUAAACAGAACCUAUUUUAAAGCUUCAAAUGUAUGCCAGGUUUGUGUGUUAGUGUCUAUGUGAUGUGUUAUAUAAAAAUAACGAAGAUCACAAACUAACUGCAACAUACAUUUCAGAUUUCAGGAAAUGAGCUUAAAAAGGGAGGAAUUCAGCUGUGGCUUUACAACACUGAUCCACGAGCAGGAGAGAGCUUGGCUGUCUCUUUCCAAAAUACUGCAUCCACCACUGUUACUGUAUCACAGUUCAAUAUUAAGCUGAAUUUUAAGGUAAGGGGUAAUGUUGCAAAACACCUGUUAAAUUCCUGUGGUCAAAUUCAAUUUUGCAAGUGUGCAGCAGAUUGCCUUUGUACACCUUGAUGAUGUGUAUGAGCAUGCUUUGAAGUGUAGCAGAGGUAUCUUCUAUUAAUGCGGCAUUUAAAACUACGGCAUUGGAAAUGUUUUGUGGCAAUAAUGUAAAACAUUGAAUUUUUUUCAUAUUUGCAGUAUGAUCAUGUAUUAUUGUAUCACUUAGCUCUUAUGUGAGGUCUGAUUAGUUAAUCUAGUUGGCCGUAUUUCUCUGUGACCUGCUAAAUUCAAGAGUUUGUUUGACUUGAAAUGUUUCCCCUCUAUUUGAACUCAGAGAUAUAGUAAAUAACUUACUGACCUCAUUUUUUUGGACUGCACUGUAAGUUACAGAACCUUGUUUUUUCAGCCUUUUGCGGACUAUAAAUCUGAGCUGAAAAAACUUGAUUGGUAUCGUAGUGUACAGUCCAUAGACUUGUUUAGUAAGGGGUGUCUAUGGAUUACAUGUUGAUGGUGUUAACAAGUAUUAUGGCAAAAUGCUAUAGUAAUACACUUUACUGAUAGCUUUGGGGGAUGGUUAUUUCAAAGAUAAGGACAGAGAAAGACAGCAAUCUCCUUAGAAUCAAGGAGGUUACUAAGGCAACCAAACCACAGCCCACAUCUAAACAUCUGUCAGCUUGACACCAGAAUACUUGUGUAUAGAAUGACUACUUAUCCAAACUUUUGAGGGUAGAAAAGAAGUAGGAAGUGAAACAAAGAAAGCAAUGGAGCAAAGCAGCAAUUGAAAGUAAUUUGAGUAAAAUCAUGGGCAUUACAGAAGUUCAAUAACUUUUUCCAUAAGCUGCUGUUGAUAAUAUAAUAGACAGCUGUGCCUGAAAAAGGGCUGUAAGGCAAAAUAUGAGAGCCUGCUUGUAGGCCUUUAACUCCCAAGACCUGAUUGUUAAUUCUCCCCUCUAGCUGCUAGACAUUUCCUUGUAAAUUUGUUAUGAGAAUUUGGUGUGUGAUCAAGGUAAUAACUUGUACCUGAUGCGUUUGAGUAUAGUCACUACCUGUUUACCAGGUAAUGUAUGGAUAUUAUAGGGAGAAGUAACAUGUUAAUCACUUCUGGGAGUUAUAAGGCUUAUGUUGAAAUUGAAACCAGCUGUACAAUAAUCGCUUUAUUCUUUCCAUUUGAAGGGGUGGCGUGCUGUGUGGGUAUCCUAUCAAGAAGCUAUUGUGACUAAAAACAAAGAUAUUAAUGUUAUGAAAAUAACUGCUCCUACAACUCAAGCUACCAUACAUCCAUUGUAUUUUGAUCUCUUGCGUUUUGCAAGUGAAGUCAGGAGGCAAAGCCGUGACAAAGUGGUACCACCAAUAGAUCCAAACCUUUACUCCAACAACAACUUCUGGCAGCAAACCUAUCGCUGGAGUCAGGUAUGUUUGAACAUGUUUGUCUUAAAAUAUAUCUAAUAAAAUAAAAAUGAAGUGGGAUUUAGCAGUGCACAUUCUACAAGGUGGCUCUUCUUGUCCACUGUUUCCAGGUUGAAUUGGAAUUUAGAAUGUUGGUUUUUGUGGAUGGAGGAAAAGCAGAGGAAUAGGAGAAAAACCCACAGAGCAACUAUGAGGAUCAACAAAAAACAUAAGACACAUUUGACACCAGGUCCUUGAAUUGAACCUGGGCCACAGUGGUAAGAGGUGAACCCUCUCACUACAGUGCCAUCCCUCCCUCCCGCUCCUCUAAUAAUAGAAAAAAGUAUAGAUCUGUUUAAAUGCUCAGUCAGUUUUAUCUUGAAAGAUGUGAUGUAUUUGAUAUCAAUAUUGUUCCACAAAAUUCAUUUAUGCAAACUAAAAGGGUUCAUUCAUGCAGUAACUGUAAAUCACUUUGUCCUUUGGUCUUGGAGUAAAGUUUGGGGAGCUGGAUGAAUCAGUUAAUGAUGGCUGGGGCAAGUUUUGGUGAUCUCCGCAUUAGGUGCUGUCAAAAACACAAUGUUUUAAAGCUGUCAGUGAUUUAAAUAGUUAUGAUGCUGAUAUUUACUGAUAAACAGAAUAUUACAUUAUUGUCUGCUUUUGGAUACAAUUUAUCUUCUAUUGAUGAUCAGAUAUCUCUCACUCAAAGAAAAAAUUCACAUCCAUGUACAGCCAUGUAAAAUACUCUAUGCAUAUUUCUUUUAGGUAUCACCACCAAUAAUUUCUGUUACCACACCCAGUCAAGAAAAACUGGACAAUAUGACCCUGAUUGAAAAGCGACUAGAGAAUUGGUUUGUUAAUCAGUCUCAGAGCUCACUCCAGUUUCCAACAAAUGCUCAGAGGAGAUGGAUGUCUUUACAGAUGCAAGUGGAUAGAGCUUACACUCAGUAUGAACAACUAAAUAUUGUGAAAAGCUCAGAAGGUGUUAUUACAGGUAAACACCAUGUUAAUAACUAACCUAUGACUUUUUUGCAAAAUUCUAACUUUUUGUUUGGUGGCAGGUUUAAGGACUGAAAAUAAUAAUUAACCACUUUAAUGAAGUUUUAACCCUUUAACUCCCAUAGGUGACCAAUGCAGAAUUUCUUCACACAAUUUCAAUGCAGCAUCAAGCAGUAAAGUGAUGGGAAUAAGGGCAAAUAUUAUUAAGAGGGAUUAUUGCCUGGUCCAGCACCAAAUUCUCUUAAUUCACAUCGUAAGAACUGUAUAGUACCCACUAAUGAGAAUCACUUUGAGAUGUUUGGAGUAAAGGGGUCAAAAGCUAACUAAAUGUUUAAAAAAUUGGAAAUGACAUCCCUUCAAUCAUGAUUUUUUAAAAAUUUUCAAGCCUUAGUUGAUGCGCCUUCAGUCAUAUUUUUUUAAAAUUUUUGGGCCUUAGUCAUUUGAAGUGGAUAUUGGUAUCCACUGGAUAGAUCACUGUCCUGUGGAUAAAGCAAUGGAGUUUGUAAAUGCUUAUCAGUUGGAUAGCAAUUUAUUUGUUGGAUAAUGUUAUCCACUGCUCCGCGUUCUCCUUAUAUCCCCCUUUCUUAAUAUGAUAUUUAACUGACGGAAAUGGUGCUCUAUGGCCAUGAUUUCCUUUGCAACUUAACAGUUGCACUUAUAUCUAAGCAUAACAUAGGGUUGUUGGUGAGUUCACCAGGGGGUGAAUUGGGGGUUGGGGAGUUGACUAAAAGUGUUGGCAAGUUUAAUAGUGACAACAAUGAGUUGCCUAAUGGUGUUGGUAAGUUGCCUAAUGAUUUCAGUAAGUUGGUUGUUGAUAAUUUGAUGUGUCAGAAAAAUGAUUGAGAACAGCUUUUUUUUGUUGCUCUAUCCAAAAAUGAAACCUCCAAAAUUGUAUUUGCAUUGUUACUCUCCAGGGGUGCCUCUUUAUGCUGACAAGUCUACAGUUACUGGUGGUAAAAAAUUUGGGGAGGUGGUGGUAAAAGUGCUUCUUCCAUUGGCACUGGAUUAUCAUGUGAGAUCACGUGAUGUUGACGUCAAUGCAUUGGCGGCCGAUCAACUGUCCAACUUGAAUGGAACCAUGGACCAGAAAAAUGUUGCCAUAAAGGUAUGGUUGAUUGGCUCUUUAACCCUUUAUAGUCCAGUAUCAGUAUGCAUUAAUUCUCUAUAGUGUUCUCUGUCCAUUUUCCACGAUACUGGCAAGAGUAUUUUACAUUCAUCAAGGGCUUAUUUUAGUAGCUAAUCAUUUUAUUUAUUCUCAUGAUCUUGAUAUCUUAUUCAGCAGAAAUACUUUAAGGAGAAGUUCGAUGUUAGUUACUCUUGGGGGUAAAAUGGGUUAAGGUUCACCCUUAACCUUGAUAGGUGUGUUCAGAUGAGGGUUUGUAAACAUGGUUGUCAAAGUUUUCUAGAUACAAGUUAAAAAAGCAAAGUAGAGUUCUUUCUCAGUGUUCUCCCAGCCGUGUCCAAACACGAGAGGCUGGAAGAAUAUUUGAAUGCUAAGAAAAAUCUCAAUUGUAUUUUGGGUUUGCAUGCUUCGAUCAAUUUGGGACUUUGACAACCCCCCCCCAAGGCAACCGCCCAGGCAAUCCCCCUAGGCAACCUCCCUGGCUUUUGGAGAUUGGUUCGUUCGAAUUACCCCCUCCCCUACCCCCGCGUCCAAAAUUGUUUCGUAAAAGGCAAGACCAGCGACCGUGACGUUCUUGUAGACCUUUUCUUCUGAGUCAUCUGCUCGCGAAAGUGAACUUUUUACUUUUUUCUCCUUUUUAAAUUAUAACAUUUUCUUUUUUUUGCUGUUUAUCUUAGCUCUUAAAAUGUGAAGUUGCCUUUCGCAAACUUUAUGCAAAAUAGGCCCCAUUCUUUUUUCUGAAUUUUACCUGCCGCCAAGAUGACGGAGGGAACAUUUAUUAUAAGUACUUUUCAGAGAAUGCAGGAUGGUUUUACUGAAUUUCUUUCUUUUUUUCAACCAUAGAAAAUAGCAGGAGGUAAUCAGAACAUUCAAGCCAUAUUCACCACCGCCCUGGGUACCACUCAAACAUCUUACACGUUGGCGGAAGUGAAGGUGGCCAUAGGCACUCUGAAUACGAAGCGAAAGGAACGAUUACUUCUCCUUUUGGAAUAUAUUGAAGAUCAAGGUGAGUCUAUGAAUAAUAGGGUAAAGUAUGGAACUCGAGUCAUUGGGGCAAAACCCCUCCCCUGAUCCAACGAUGAACUCAUAGUAAGUCAGGGUUAAUGUAGGUUAGGGGAGGGGUAGGUGCCCAGUUUCUCAGAUACUGACAUUGAUGCGAUAAUUCAUACAAUUCCAUUCCUGGAGCUCAUGAAAUUAAGAACUGGUAAGUUCUGAGCUCGUUAAAGAAAUAUAGAAAGACGUUUUUCGUCUUGUCACGAGCGUGGGACAAAGAAAAAACUCUGAGUCCCCAUGAAGAACCGAACCUCAUACCUUCGAAUUCCGUCCUCCGACGCGGGUCAUAUGAAUUUCGUAGUAGACCUCGCUCACCGUGGAGUCUCUGUGGCUCAGUGGUAGAGCAUCGGAGCGCAGAAUUCGAAGGUGUGAGGUUCGAUUCCUCAUGGGGACUCGGAAUUUUUUCUUUGUCCCACGCCCGUCACAAGGCGAAAAACAUCUUUCUAUAUUUCUUUACCGAGCUCAAAACUUAUCAUCUCUCUUAUUUCUAUCUACAAAUUUUAUACCGUGUUUACCAAAAUAGCUUGAAAACAUGUUUUAAGCUUUGGUGAGAAUGUGAUAUAACUCAGCUCUUGCAUUUGUCAGGUUGGAACGAUGGUAGUGGUAUUGGUACUUUGGAUCAUGAGAUGAACAAUUCCGGUGCAGGUUUUAUGAAUGCAGUCUUUCUACUGAGGAAUGAAAUCACCGCCGCUGGUAAAAUCGAUGAUUAUGUGGCUACUAUGAAGUGGUACAACGAGUUUGGAGAAGUUUAUCAAGACCCGUUUGAAUAUGCUGGUACAACUGCUGAUCGUAUGAGAACCAUUGCAGUAUUCAGGCAAGAUGUUUUUCAUGUCAGUUCCUUAUGUGACAUAUGUUUUUUCUAGGUAUGUGUUACUUUUGUUUACUAAUACAAAACUGUGUGAAAAUUGGGUAAGUUUCCAAAGAAAACUGUGUCGCUGCGUCGAUGGGGUAUUCCAAGUUAAUUUGGUUUCAUUAACCGAGUUGGCAAUGUCAAUUGACCACCGUAAAGAGUUCCUAAGAGCUGACGUUUCGAGCGUUUGCCCUUCGUCAGAGCCAACAGUGACCUAGUAGUUUGUGCUCUUACUUCAAAUAGUGAGGUCCUGGUUUCGAAUUCUGACGGGGUCAUUGUGUUGUGUCUUCGUUAAUUUUCGAAGGUAAUCCGGGAUUUCUUUUUUUUCUGCUUCACGACACUCUGUGAUUGGUCGAGAAAACUCUUGCUACCACUCAACCAAACAGAUGCAAGAGGAACGCAAGGGCCUGUAGGGAGCUGGUCAAUUGCGCCUUUCCGCGCUUCAAGAAGUUAGCUUCGAUUUUAGUUCGAGUCCUUGCUGCUCCUUGUGUCCUGAUUGGCCACUGUUAUGACUUUGGUGUCGGUUUUAUGGCAUCCAGUCGAAAUGCGCUCUAGUGUUAAACUCAGCAUCACGUUUCAGAGAUACUUAAGGCUAUGUUUCUCGUGGGCUACGCCUUAACAUCUUAAAACAUUCAGUCUAUGUUUUUUAAGUUCGUAAUCUGCAAUUAUUUUGAAUUAACUUCAUCCUGAGACAUUCUUCCAUCUUCUACCGUUACGAAACUUGUAUUUAAAAAAUACAUUUUAAUCUCUCCCUUCUCAACCAUUCCCUUUUUUGCCUUCUUUUUCCCUUCCUAUGUUUUUUGUUUUUGUUAUUAUUGUCAAAUCAUUUCCCUUUAGACCAUUGCGUUCCCACUCGCUAGAAAUUUAUGAAUACCUUGCACGAGCAAACUCAUUUAUCGUGAAGUCAACUGUUAAAAAAAUAAAGACGUUCAAUCCUCAGCCUUAUGUGAGCUGACUCUUUCUUUUGCAGGUUGUUUACCGUUCUAAUGAUGCCAACUACAACAGAUGCCAAAAAGCUUGAUAAAAUUCGUGACAUGGAAGAACUUGUCUUAUGGUACGCCAACGCACUGUCUCCUAAUGAAGGUCUCGCAGGAGUUUUAAAGCCUGAUUACCUUGGAUUCCAUCACAACAGCUAUUAUGCCUCUGCUUACACUCCGCAUGCUAUCCAUUGUGGUGCACUCAUCGAGUUUCUACUCAGUGGAACACCAUUUAAAUUGAGUAAGAAUGAGCUAGUUACAAGGGAAAGUAAAGUGGGGACAAAAAAAAAGAGCCACUACGUACCUACCCCUCUGCAAACCCAACAUUACCCCUAAUUUGUUUUAGUUGACCGUUAUUGGGUUAGGGGAGGAGUAGGUGUGCAGUUUCUCUGAUACUAACAUUGAUCCAAAUGGAUGAAGAAACCGUUGGUUUGAGAUAUGCUCGAGAAGUCUGAUUGUCCGAUUGUGGAUAGUCCUGGAAAGGACUCCUGUCAGUAGAAUUGUCGUUUACAAAUAUGUUAGCCAGAUACUUAGCGCUAUGGCUUUGAACAACAUUAUAGAGGGGAAAAGGCUAGGAAGGAAGUGUGCCAGCGGAUGACUUCUCUGAAGUGUGGUUUCCAAGGUAGCGAAACGACUACACAAAGAUCAUGGUUGGAACUACCAUAAAGCUCUCUUUUAUCUAGGUUUCUUCUUCGUCCAUUAACUCAAUAAUUCUUUUUAGAGGCUCCUUUUGUUUCCUGUUCUAGCCUGCAAGAGGAGACGCCUCUGUGAUCAUAUUGUUUCGCAAGGGAAAUGUGAGGCAACAGGUGGAGAGAGGCAUCUUCUCGUAGGAUUCCUGAGCACUCUCAUCUUUCGGCCGUGUAAAAUUGUCUGACGCAGUAAUAAACUAGCUCUGUUGUGUACUUAAUAUUUGGGGUAUACAUUGAUUUUACAAAGGGAGUAAUUGUAUUUUGCAAUUAGAGUUUGAGUUGUGUUUUCGUGGUUUUGGUUCAAAGGUGAAGACACAAGCAAGCAUAUUAAGAAAGGUCUAGAGACAAUGAGGAUUGUUGCCGUUAAAUACUCAACUCCGAACAGUGUAUGUGGUCGAUUUCCAGGAUUUUACCGUGCAAUUUUGGCCAAGAAUUUUCCUGCCUAUGCUUACGCCGGUGCAACUGCUCCCAGUUUGAACGCUGAUGGAAGUCUGGGUGAAAUUGCUGCUCUCGACAGUGAUAAGAUCAAAAUGUUUUUACGACUUAAUGAUGCAGGCAAUGAGGAUGUUAGCGAUUACUUGGAAGAUGGGACGAUAUUCACAAGUAUCUAUUACCUAAACACUAUUGGUUCGAUCAACAUCAUGGAGGAAAUAAGCUCUAAAGCUGCCUCGAUGAGUGUAGCGGCCGAAAGUUCGCCCCAGGGAUUCUGGACGAAAAAUUAUGCUUCGCUAGUGAUUGCACGAAGAGAAAAUUGGGCGGUAACAAUGAAAGGCUUUAACAAGUAUGUCUGGGACUUCGAGGCUUCAAACAAUCAAAAUGUUUAUGGUCUUUAUCAGAGUCAUGGAGCACUUCUCGUUGCAAACAGCGAGGCGUCACUUAAAACUCUAGAUAUCGAUAAUGGUUGGGACUGGACACGACAUCCGGGCACAACAACAAUAAAAAUGGAUCUUGAACAGAUGGUUAGCCAACAGCGUAGGUAAGUAAUUAAAUUCUGUUCGUUCAAAUCCGUUUUUAUCGUUUGGCUGGCUUCUCGAGCGGGCAGAUCAAAUGGAAUCGCGUGUUCUGAUUGGUUACCCUAGCGGGCAAGAUAGGCUCAUAUUUCCCGUUCGUGAUUGCCCUCUUCGAUCCCGUGGACUGAAAAAUCUCCCUGCUACCGGUUUUCUAAAUUCGUAACCUUUGGGGAACUACUCUAUUAGUAGAAGUUUCGUUUAAGGCUCUUUUUAACAACAACAACAAAUGUCAUGUACUCUAUAUCAAGUUUUAACAAUGUAUUGAAUAGAAAAUAAUAAUUUAUUAUUGGUAUGAUAGUUAGAGGGUAACUGCAUCCUGGAAUAACUAAGGAGCUAAAAAUGACAGGGAGUUGUGGAUUCCUCCCCUCCACCCCCCCCCCCUCCCAAGGAAAGAAGUGCGUUUUAAUAGAAAAAGAUACAAACAUGGCCCGAGUACCAAAUAGCAAGGUCCACAAUCACUGAACUUAGGUUUCCAGAAACCUUAUGGGUAAUAUUAAAGAAUUGGUCCGUACUCAGAGUGCGCGUAUCGAAUUAUGGAUGCACGUGGGAAAUUUGGAGAGCGCCGCUGGCAACUCUAGCUCCUUGCUUCUUCAGUCCUCUCAAAACUUCCCAAGUGCAACCGUAACUCGAUAUACGCAUAGUUAAAGCGUGAACCAAUUCUCUAAUAUUAUCAUAAGGCUUAGGUCGAUAUAAAAUUGUGUGCUUUUUAUUAUCCAUAGGAAAUAUCCCCCCUCCCCCACCCCUCUCAAAGUAUCCAGUGGGCCGGAAAGGAAACAUGUUAAGUGUUUUUGCUUUAGUUUUAAAUUCUGACUUCCUCCAAAAAAUAUAUGUUUAUCAUUAUAGUGGUAUUGUAGGCUCAUAUGGUACAUAAACAAUCAAAGAAGAGUAUUUUGUACCACGUAGCACAAAUGAACCAAUUAUAUCAUCUGACAUUUGAAGUGGCUCCACAGAUAUUUUCAACCCAGGGAACUUGCGGGCGGAUUGACUUUGAUUGGUGGCGGUGAUUAUGCUACAGGGGGCUUUGGAAUGGAUUUCUCACAGCCAAGCUAUAAGUUUCCAGCUGGUUCCUUUCAACUUGACAUCACAUUUGGAUUUAAGAAGAGCGUGUUUUUCGCAGAUUUUGCCGUGAUUUGUCUUGGAUCUGGAAUCACAACAACCAUGAGCUCGCCCAAUAUAACUCAGGUACAUUUAAUUGUUUCCCUUUCAAUCAAGCAUCAAGCCUGUUAGAGACCGCUCUCCUUCAAAUUUGUUAGAAUUAUUUCUGUAACCAAAAACUUAAUGUCAUCGAAAGGCGGGAACAGAUACAGAAAGAACUAUUACUUGUGGUAACUUGCAAUUUAUCUAAUACAAUCAACGCGGAGAAAGUAUGGUGACGAAGGGGUUUGCACGGUGGACCUCUGUUCGAGAGUCUGGGUUUGAGUCCUGGGAAGGUUACUAGUUAAUGCAAGGCCCUGUAAACAGCUAGUUAUUGUUGAAUGGAUGCCAAAAUUAUUCCUAGUCACUUCAUGCCUCAGAAACUAGAGGCCUGUUUCUCGAAGGUCCUUAUCACUUAACGGGCCCUUAAAGCUGGUCUGUUGUCAUUCAAGAUGGGAGUUUCAAAACUUUUGAAAAUUAUACAAUAAAACUAUCAAAUAAAGGAACAAAAUAGACUCGUUAGGAUGUCAGAACCUGCUUCUGUAUUCUUUAAAUUUUGAUAUUGAAAUAGGGCUUUGGGCGCAUUUAGUUAUUGGAACCUUCGAGAAACGGGCCCCUGGAUAGGUAGAAAUAGGGUCUGUGUUCUGAAAUGGUGAACCUUUCAGUCGCAUCAAUCAUGCUAUGUCCUUUCUUUACGCGACAAUAUUUUCUCAAUCUUUCUCAUGAGAAAACUGAGCAAUGCACGUUUGAAAUUGGUUGCAGACCACGUUGUUCCAGACGAAGCUUCUCAACGCAAGCAACCCAUCAUCAAUUCUGAUAAACGAAACAAGUCACUCACUCAACACCGACUCGACAAAGGCGCCGUCCUUCUUUGGCACAGGAAACCAUGCAGCUACACUUAUGGAUGUCAAUGGUAAAUACAUGAUAUGUACGAUUCGAUUUAGGCAUUGAGCUACUGUAUUUCUUUAUUUUUUCCAAACUUUCCCCGAUCUAGAGGCCACUAUGCAUGAUAUUAAAACAAUGUGAGUGAAAGAAUAAUUAGAAUAUGUAAUAGGGAAAAUGAGUUGUUCAAAUGUGGUGAUGGUUACAAACAGUUCCACCGAAAAUCGCUGAUGAGCAGAAGAACGAAAGAUGUAAGCGGCCCAGGUAAAAAUAGAUGGUCUCUGAGUCCAGUACAUUUUUCCCGGGAAUUAAGUUCGGGCUUACACUUUCCGAUAUAAAACCAAUCGAAUCGUCCAUUUAAUCAACAUGCUACUGAAGGACAACCUCAAACGUUCACUAAAUACAUAAAAAAAAUUUUAUUAUUACACAGUGACCCGACUGUGGCCGACUUCUUUUUUUCGUUUUCAUGACUUGAGACAUUCUGGCGUGGUCCAUGUAGAGGCCAGGAAAAAAAUUAUCAAGGCUAACGUUGGUCAUCUCUAAUCCAACAGGCUUGUUCAACAGACUGCGUUUUGAUUGUGUAUCUUAAUACCAAGCCAAAGUUACCACAACAACCACUAAGAAAAAUUGAAAAAAAAAAUCACGAAGAGCCAACCAGAACUCAGAGAAAAAAAACGAAACAUACAAAGCGCGGGGAAACGCGAGCGAACUAGUUAUGAUUGUUCAGUUUUGCAUCUAAUUGGUGGGAAGCGUGGUGCGAGUCUUCUAGACCAAUCACAAAGCCCGCUGAAGCAGAGCCAACGUAGUUACGGUUUCCUUUUGAUACUUAACUGAAAAUUGCUUUAAAUGAAAUGCCUUACGGCCAAAACAUCACGCCGAAGAAUUAUAAAUCAAAUUGGUUGCUUCGAUUUGAAAUCUACCCGGUCCUGCCUUAAGGCUCUGUAAUAUUCUUAACGCCCAAGGCCCCCUCUCCAAUGAUUGUCAAAAAAUGAUAAAUAAUGAUUGGUCCCUUAAAUGACAAAUGUGAAAACUUGGUUUGUGUUUUAAGUCUGGUUCUUGUAGACUGAUUGGUCAGUUUUGUCGUGAUACUAUAGGCUGCAAGACUCAAGUAGCUCUUUUGGGCUGUGAUAGUUCAGUGUCUACUGUCGGUGACGGUGACAUCAUAACUGCCAUUUUGCUUUUCUGUAAUGAAUAUGAGUUUAGGAUUCCAAUUACAUAUAUCUAAAUCUUGCUGUGAGGUCUAACGUGACCUCUCCUUUUGGUUAUUAUGCUUGUGUUUAGGACACUAUUAUUUUACUAAAAAUAAUAGAAGUUUCAUUAUUCUCUCAUUUUUAAAAAUUUAAGGAAACACUUACUACAUUCCCGACGCGCAUAACCAGGGACUUAAUGUGAAAAUUGGCUUGCAAAAUUCCAGAAACCAAAGAGGUUCAAGGGCUACAUCGGCUCGGUACGCGACCGCAUGGCUCAACCAUGGAGUGAACCCAACGGACAAGGGUUAUGAAUACACCAUAUUGGUCAACAGACCCUCAGAAGAAGUCCGGGUAGGAAUUUUAGAGUUCAUUAAACGAUUCCUUCAAGCAUGCGCAUUUAAACAAUUAGCUCUCAGAAGUGUUGCAUGUGUAACUUCUUGCGAUUUCAAUAGAUAGUCUGCAAACAGGUGAUAAGAAUACACAAGGUCAUCAGCUAUACUGUAGACUGCUAUUUUGCCAUGACACCUAAUUCAUUACCAUAAAAUGUAUGGCAUUCAGUAUUGUGAAUUUCGUACAGGAUCUGGAAGUUAUGUUGCUUUUAUCAGCAAGUAUUUGUUGACAAGUGGACUGGAAACGAAACAGUUGUAUCUCAGUGGUCGCUUUUCAAGAAGCAUUCCUUCUUCGCUUCUAAGCCAAUGGAUUUUUACCGAAAAUCUGGCGAAAUAGGAAAUUGUGGGAUAGAUAAGCACACACGUUAAGCAUUCUUAUGUACAAUGUUUUUUGUACCAAAUGAUCCAGUCUCGCAUGGAAAGCCACAUUCCUAGCCUUUUUAUUUUAACAGGGCUCAAAUAGCCUUCAGCAAUAUUACGAGUUUUUUUUUCUUUUUGAUCUCGCACUAACAUUUUUCUGUUCAUAAUUUGAAAGACUUUGGCCGAAAAUCAAGCCAGUGGCAGUUACUGGUAUCAAGUACUUCAGCGAGACAAUAGGGCUCACGUGGUGAAGAUCAAUAAUUGCCCGAGGCAGGGUGAGACACAGUAUGGUUACGUUUUUUUUGACAGAUCUGUCCGUACCUCGGGUCCAGUAAGGCGCGUCACAAAGGUAAAACUUGUCAUGGUAUGGUCUAGCUUAGAUAGGAGUAAAAACAGAGUUGGUUUAAUGAGACUAACAGAGAGGAUGAAAUUCGCGAAUAUAUGAAGCGUCUUCUUUUGCUAAAAGAAAAUAAAGACGUAAAGCGUUUCUUUUAAAAAAGGCAUUUUGUUCAUGUUUUUUUCUUAUGGCUAGUUGGUUGGUCCUGAUUUAAAUUUUAAUAUGCAUUAAUUGUUAUGCAUUGUUUGUCAAACUGUUUUUACAAGUUUUGAAUUUUCAAAGGCAUUGUAAGUCGCAGUUUACUAUGUGUAUAGAACUAUUAUUUUUUCUUAUUAUUUAUUAUUAUUAUUAUUAUUUAUCAUUGGUUUCCUGCUGUUCAGUAAGGAAUUUUUACCAUGGGAUUUUCAAAUUCCUGUUGAAGCUCUAUACCUUGGAAAAAAUUAUGCGUAGAAAUAUAAUGCUAAGUUUCAACUUUUCUUUUUAGAGAGGCAUUUUUUGGUGUUUUUUUCUUAGAGCUAGUUAUUUAGUCCUGAUCUUAAAUCUCUAUAUACUAUAACUUUUAUAAACUAAUUGUUUGCAGAACUGUUUUUAGAAGUUUUGAAUUUUUAUUUUAAAAGGCGUUGUUAGUCGCAGCGGAAUAUGUUUAUACAAGUAUUAACUAUUAUUGUUCAUUUCUUAUAUAUUUAUUAUUAAUAAUUUUUAUUCGUAAGUUAUUAUUAUUAUUACUAUUAUUAAUAUUUAUCAUUUGUUUCCGGAUUUUCAUAAAGGUUCUUUUACUAUAGGGUUUCCAAAUCCCUUUUGAAGCUUUAUAGCAUGGAAAAAAUUGUGUCUAGAAGCGGUUUUUUUUUUUACCAAAAGGCACAUAAUUCUCCGUUUCAACACUGUUUCAUCCUUCCAGUAUAAUUCACCGUCACAAAAGAAGGAAGAAAGUUUAAUUAGAUAGGGACAAAAAGCCUAAGAGCUGCUGUCCAAAUUUCUAAAGGCUUUGUUUCUUUGUUCCUCUGAUGUAAAUAUAUAUGCAUCGAUCGUAACCUUUUUGAUGGGAAAAAAAGGCAUAUUUACUUCAUAUACAUGGCAGAGUGCCACGUUAUUGAAACUUGAGUAGUAUGUAUGUAGUAUAAUCUAAAACUGUGGAUAGCAUUGAAGGCGCGCUCUGAUUGGCUACUCAAGCUCGAAAUAUCCUUCGCUAUUCUUCAGAGGAACUCGCACUGGAUUUGCGGCAGAAAACAUUUUAAUCGUUUCUGGAAUAAAUUGGUUUAAAUCAUAUUUUUGUCCCAUUUUGCUUCAGUCUCGGCGGUUACCAGUAUAUAGCCACCUCCAUUUAGGUGCAUAGUUAUUAAAUAUAUUUGUUUUAAGUUUAUGUAAAGUAAAAUUUCUUUUUGGUCAUUUCUGGACGUGCUAUGGUUUUUGUGUAAAUAAAUAUCGAUUGAUCUGCGGUUCUUCUGAUAUUUUAUCUCACAGGAUCCUUGCAUUGUGAUGGUGGAAGAAGUGGAUACCCAAAACUUGUACAUUGCAGUCUCUUAUCCAAAUCUAAAUUUCAACAUCUCCAGGACUUUGGAUUGGGGCAGUCAGGUCAAUGGGCAAGAAAGGUUUUAUUCUGUUAGCACACCAGUUGACAUAGAGGUAAUCUGAAAACUGAUUUUCCUUCUACUUUUACUUCUUUUUUGAGAAUACUGUUGAUUCUUGCAGUCUGAUUGGCUGUUAGUAGUUUGAUUAUUUACAAAUGACACAAUUGUUAAAUGAUUUCUAUAGAUAGUCACAUGAUUUCAAGUGCAAUUUGGACUAAAUAGGGAGGAAUAAAUUUCGUCAAAUACUAACAAAAUUGCACGAGCCCGUAGGGCUCGUGCAAUUAGUGGUCUUUGAAAACAUUUUCAUGUGCUCAUUAAUGAAUAUCUUAACCCAACAUGUUACGCAGAAAAAAUCAAGAACUUACACAUUUGAUAAUGAUAGUGUGGCUUAAACGAAUGAGGUAAUCUUGUUUUGUAUUAAGAAAGCGUUUUUCAGUUCAUUUCCCUCAAAACAUCAUUAAAGUUAUUAUAACGACCGAUUUGAAAGAAUGUGCUUGUCACUCGAAACCUGUGAAAAAUCAAAAGAAACUGAAACAAACGAACCUAAGUGCGACGAAGUCGAGAUUGAUUUUCCUUUUGAUCUGAGUGAUUUAGAAGGAGGAGUGAGUUUCGGGACCUUCACAGUUCAAUAAAAUAAUAGCAACACAAUUCAUAAUUACACUCGUCUCUUAGAGCAAUUUUCAAUUGAGUGUUGAAAGUAACCUGGAAUUGCAUUGGGUUUCCUUUAAUUUGAUUUGUGAUUGGUCCGGAAAACUCGCACCACUCUCUUAACUAAUUAGAUGCAAAACGAUUCGGUCGCCGCGUGUUCCCGCGCUUUUAGCGGUUUGCUUGUUUUUUACUUUGAGUUCUGAUUGGCACUCCUGGACAUUUUUCUUUCUUCCGAUUGUCCGUUGUAAUUGCUUUGGUUUUGGUUCAAAAACUCAUUGGAAAAGCUCUCCAAACGAACGGCUCUAGAUUUUAACCUCCAAUAAUGAUUUAUCUCAGGUGAGAGUGAUCAGUGCGGUGAAUAUAGCAACUGGAGAUGUGAGAGUAAACGGAGAGGUUGUCCCAGACACCGAUAAAACAAAUCACGUGAUGGUCAGACCAAAAUCAAGCGGUGCAACUACAGGGCGUGCCAUCGUGUUUAAACAGCUGUCCAAGGGGUUCACUACAGAAGUCAAACUUACUCGAUAGUUGCCUUGACGGCAUAUGCAUUUUUUUCUCUUUAGAUUGAUAAUAAGACUCUUUGAAUGAAUUAAACGAUGUUAAGCGAAGUUAAAUUUGCUAAAGCGUUAUAGAGUGCUUGUCACGUAAAUGUAAAGCUGAAUAGUAGAAUGGAAAUAAAAAAAUAAACGUUUGACCAAAACC